AUGUCCGAAAAGAUCGGAGCUUCGCUUAUUCAUGGCGAGGAGGUUCAAGUCAUCGAAUCUCACUCGAUGCUUCUUCACUCGCCGCCUAAGAAGAAGACUUGGGCGCUCUACAACCCUUCUUUGCUGCAAGUUCGCUGGCAGAGACAAGACGUCUUCCUGGUGACCUACCGGGCGGGCACCUGGCAGCUGUGUCGCUGGGAUGGUCGCCAUUCACCGCUGCAAAGUCUGCCCUACGUUGAUGGGCGGAACCAGGCGACCAGCAAAGUAAUGGUGGCCCUGGUGCGUGAAGACUUCUCCACCAUUGUCCCAGUGCAUGCACUGGUGGACCAGAAGUACAUGGAGCAUUCUUGCUCCCAUUCCACAGGCAUGCGUCGUGUGGGCAUUGAUGACAGUCGUCUCUUCCAAUUGGCUGGACAGCCCUAUGCGCUCUUCGCGGGUGUGGCUCCAGUGGGUCAGGAGAGCCCGUGCCAGCACCGACAAUACCUCUGUCCGCUGCAGCUUCCGGACGAGGAGGGUCCGCCUCAGGUCCGUUGUCGGCGGAAGAUCCUGCUGACCUUCGACUAUGCAGAUCAGCUAUCACAGAGGAUGAUGGCACAAGAUCGUUUAGGAAGUGUUCAUCAGAAGAACUGGAUGCCCUUCGUUGCAAAUGAUGAGCUCUACUUGAUCUUUACCAUUGAACCACUGCGGGUGAUUCGCGUGGACGUGAACUCAGGGCUAUGCAGCGAGGUGAGUCUUGUCCGGACGCCCGCCUUGAGAGCGUUGCAUCCAAAUCCGGAUGAAUUUCGAGGGCAUGGAGGGCCUGCCUUGGUGCAGCUGCCAAAGCACAUGGGCGGAGAGCUUCUGGGCAUGGCCCGAGUUCAAUCGGGGAAUUUGCUGUACAGCCACUUCUUCUUCACCCUGCAAGUGGAAUAUCCCUCCAUGCCAGUGCUCACGAAGGUCAGUCGACUCUUGUGCUUUGCUUCAGUGAGGCCAGGCAUGUGCGAGGUCAUCCAAUUCGUGGGUGGCCUUCAUCUUCAGCAAGAUCAACUGGUCAUCAGCUACGGCGUGAACGAUUGUGAACCCAAAGUGACAACGAUGGCUCUGAACAAAGUUUUCGAGCUGUUGAGAAGUCAGAAGCGAGAAGAGCUGUAG